CAACCGCUCUUCCAAAGCCGAACCAUCAUCAUCAACCACAAACUCCAACCGCCCACCAUGAGCUACUCUCUCUACGACGCCACCGUGCCUCUGGCCCAGAACGCCCUCAAGGCCCUCACCAGCAUUCUCAAGAAGGGCGAGGCUGCUCCCAACGGUGCCAGCCUCCUCAACGCCCGCAUCCACCCCGACAUGCUGCCUCUGACCUUCCAGGUCAAGAUGGUCACCGACACCACGACCAAGCUCGUCGCCCGCCUGACCGGCACUGAGCCUCACGCCUGGGAGGGCGAGAUCGAGACGUACGCCGACUGCUACGCCCGCAUCGCAAAGGCUGAGGAGAUCCUCGCCUCUGCCAGCAAGGACGUCAUCAACCAGCGCCAGAACGAGACCGUUAACGUCGGCAUGGGAUCUCUGGGAACCUUCGCCAUGAGCGGCCCCAACUACGUCAACGGAUAUGUUCUGCCCAACAUCUUCUUCCACCUGUCGACCGCCUACAACAUCCUGCGCAAGGAGGGCGUGCCCCUGGGCAAGGCCGACUACAUUACGUCUUUUAUCGGCGAGUUCCUGACCAACAAGGUGUAAUGGAUCAGUGGAGGAGAAUAACGAACAAUUGUUGAAAGAAUCGUUUAAGGCGCAGACAACUAUAAGACUAAUCGUUUGUGUUUGAUUAUGGAGGAGAGCGCACUGGAAUGAUUUGAUGAUUUGAACCUAUACCCAACAGCUUCACUUCUAGACG